AUGCCCGACGUCGAGAUGGCUAGAAAUGGCGAGAAGAAAGGAGGAGAGGAGGAAACCGAGUAUCGACCCGUGAACUGGAAGAAAAUCUUCUUGACGCCGAAAUACAUACCUUUUCAUCUCCUCGGCAUUGGCAUCCUUGUUGCCACAGUUUUCAUCAGUACCCAUCAUGAUGAGGUCGUCGCGAAACUGAGGCCGUUUUCCGAAAAAGUACGAGAGAUUCCUGGUGGAUUCCUCAUUCCGAUUGCCAUUUUGAUUCUCAUCUCAUUCCCUCCACUUUUCGGCCAUGAAAUCGUCGCGCUCUUGUGUGGUGUAGUCUACGGUCUGUGGGUUGGCUUUGCCAUUGUGGCUGCAGGUACCUUCCUCGGAGAGAUUGGGACUUGGUUCGCUUUCAAGUAUACGCUGCGGCGGAAGGCUCAGAAGCUGGAGAAGACUAACCUCAACUACGGUGCUCUGGCGCGAUUGACUAGAGAUGGCGGUUUCUGGAUUGUUUUCAUCAUUCGAUUUUCCGUCAUCCCGUCUCACUUCUCAACCGCGGUGUUUUCGACUUGCGACGUCAAAUUCUGGCACUUUGCUGUUUCAACCUUUUUGACUCUUCCCAAGCAGAUCAUUCUGGUAUACCUCGGAGUUCUUCUCGUUGAAAAACAGAAGAACAACACCAUCAAGAACGUCGUUUUUGGUGCGACAUUCGUUUUGACUAUUGCUCUUGCGGGUUACAUCUGGGUGAAGAUGCGGAGGGUGAAGAAGCAGUUGCUUGAGGAGCAGGAACAUAGGAGAAUGCAACGUCAACUCAAUGAGCUACCACAAAAGGUAGAAAUAGACGCGGUCGAGACGGAAAUCAUUCCGUUACAGCCUGGGUUGGUUCCGGCCAGAACAGAGAGGCCAGGACCACCACAAUGGAUCUGA